UAUAACAGGGUCCCAGGCUUGGGCAAGCUUUCAACCAUCUUCUCUAUUGAGAUUUGGGUGUUUUUAAAUUCAAUACCAUAUAUAUAUAUAUAUAUAUAUAUCAUGUUAUAAAAAACCGCGAUAAAAUGCGAAAAAUAUUUUACAAAAAAAAAAAUCUACAAAUCUUAUUUGUCAACUUCAACUUUCAAGAAUCAAAUGUCAAUUUUCAAUGUCAUCCACAAUUUGAUUACUUAUUAUUAUUGUUUCUUUUCGCGUUUUUGUUCUUAUUAUAUGUUAUAAAAUAAUAUAAAUGCCAUAUAAAAAUGGCUUUAGCUUUAAGGAGAACUUACAUGAAAGCCAAAAACAAUCUGCUAUGUUCUACGUGUGUUAAUACAUCGCCAAUAGUGUUACCACAAUUGCGAAGUUACAGUGAUGAUAAGUUCAGUAAUAAUCCACAGUUUAGCAGCACAACCAUCAUGAUGGAACAUGGAUACAAUGUGCAGGAGCUUCCCGUGGUCGUAAGGAAACUAAAAGAUUUUUCAGAGAUAGUUGAAAAGCCUCCCGUUGAGCCGGCGAAAAGCCCAAGCGAUUCACACAACUACCAUCUCAUACAAGAAGAAUUUCAACAGUGUAGUGACCUUCGAGAUGUGUUCACUCUGUUGUCUAAGUGUACGAAAAUCACGCCAAAUAUUGCAUUGGGAGCAAUAGAAAGGAUAUAUGAUUUGGAAAAACAGUCAAUAGAUUUAGAUUCGAAAAGUAUUCAUAUCAAUUUGGCUAAAGGUGCUAUUUUGGACAAACUUUUGAAAGUUGUUGUAAAGACCGAAGACACGCAAACUAUUUUGAAUAUAUUAAAUACUGUGUCCACAUUUAUGGAGCCGUAUAAGCAUAAGUUUUCAGACGAACUUUUGUUCCGAGUAUUAGACAAUAAGUUGUCUGUGGAACAACUGUGUCAAUUUUUAAAAUUUCUCAUCAAUAAUAAGUCUGAUCCAAAAUAUUGUGAGACUAUCGAUAAGCUUUGGGUAGGAUUUGUUGAGAGACAUGCAGAUGUGAAUGAGACAAAUAUAUCUCACAUAUUUGCUAUUUUGCAUGGCUUGAAGUUAAGUAAAAAAACAGUUUUGAACUUAUUAGAACAAAAGUUAUACGAUCUGUGGUAUAAAAUAAAUGUAACAAGCAUGCAGGAAAUUUUAGAUACUUUUGUGAGAGAGAAAUAUUUAUCAAUGCAAUCGUUUGUAGUUGUUGGUCGAUGGCUGCACACUAAUAUCCAUGUCUUGGAUGAUGAUUCCUUGUUAGACAUUAUAACAAAGCUAACCAGACUGAAUUAUACAGAUGAUCAAAUAGAAAAGGCUGUUGACAAAUACAUGAAACUAAAAUGUACUAAAAUAAAAAACUAUAUUUUAAUAGUUGGAAUUCUAAAUUAUUGUAUGCAGUUCCAAAUAAGAAAUGAGCAAUUAUUGAAUGCAUGUAGUGAAUAUUUUAUGAAGAAUGCUAGCAACAUACCAGCUAGUUUUCUCAAAUGUAUCAUAUAUCCAUUUGGAUUUUUAAAUUACAAUCCAUCAAACUUGAAGUUUUGGAAAGUUGCUGAAGAAACAUUGCUAGAAAAAUUUGACAAAAUGACUACUGAUGAUCUUUCUUCAAUAAUUUUAUCAUUUACAUAUCUAGAGAAAUAUCCUUUGCCACUAGUAAGGAGAAUAUUUACAGCAGAGUAUCUUAUAAAAGUGAAUGAUCAGGCAGUGAUGAAGAAACUAUAUUUGAUAGAUACUGCGUUAUCAUUGGAGUGUCCUCAGUAUGCUGGACCUCUCUUGCCAAAAGAUCAGUGGUCAAAACCAGUACCACAGGAUCAUCGCAUCACAAAUAUAAUUAGUAAAACAAUUGACCACUUUGUUAAUGUGGCUGGGAGCAUUGACAAACUGUCUACUUCAAUUCUGAUCCCACAUUUUUGUUCAGAUGAAACAUAUUUUGUUGACAUUAUGAUUCAUUCUAAAAGUUUAGGAAGUAAUAAUUUUGAUUGGAAAUCUAAAUCUGGAAGGAAUGAUAAUAUUGCUAUACUGAUUAAUUUGCCUGAUCAUUUUUGUUCUGAUAAUGAGAGAUUGGUUGGUCCGCAAUUAUUAAGAAAGAAACAUCUGAAAAUGUUGGGCUUGAAGGUGGUUAAUAUUAAGUACUCAGUCCUCAGCCAGUUCUACACAUCAUAUAAUGCUGCAGGUAUGAGACAGUAUCUAAUUGAUAGUAUUGAAAAUGCUGAAUCUUCUACAUGAGUCCUGAAUAAUGGGAUAAAAGUAAUUAUAAUUUAGUAAAAUUGCUUCUCUUGCAAAUUGGUCUCUGUCUUCAACUACAGCAUAGUGUUAAGGAGUUAUAUGGAUUUGCAAAUAUAUUUUGUAAGAUAGCAGAAUAUUUAAGCCUCAUAUAUCAGCACCAAUUGUACAAAAUAUUAAAUAGACCAAAAUAUUUAUAAUAUGGAAUAUGCAUGUGUCACCCUGAAAAUAUUGUCACAAAUUUGUACAAAAAAAAGACUGCUGCACCAAGCCCAAAGUGAAGUGCGUUAUGGGCAGGUAGAUGAAGAAUAUAGGAUCAUAUGCAUAUUCCUUAUUGCAGUGGUUCUCAAAUAGUUUUUUUUAUGAGUACUUACCAUUUAGAGAAAGAGCUAAAAUUUGCAUAUUUACUUUAUGAGCAAAAUAAUCAUAAAAAUAUGAUAUCAGUUUUGUAUAAUGUCUAAGAAACACCACAUAGUAACUAUUUAUACAUUUUGUUUUUUUUUAAAUGAUGUACUCGCAAGUGAGGUAUGUGCAGCAUAUUUCGUGCCUCUCAGGUUAUGCAUACUAUUUAUUGGGAACCACAGCUCUACAUACUAUGAUUCUAUUUAACUUGUAUAUUUAUUUUUAAGGCAUUGACUAAAUGGUAUCUUCCACAUUUACAAAUCUUAAACAAAUAUAUCGCGAAAUAUUGUUUGCUUUGCUUUUGGGGGUGUGUCUUUGGUUUUAUUUUGUAAUUAAAUGGGUCUAAAUUCAGCUAAAAUGUAACUUUGUAAACAGAGCAUAAAAGAUUCAUACUUCCUCGCUUGACAUAUCGAUUUCGGUAUUAUGGUAUAUUUCGGCCUUAAAUGAUGCUUCUAUUUUUGGGUGGGGUAAAACUAAAUAAUUAUAAUUGGGUCCAAUUUUAUUAUGUGAUACAAAGAGUAAAGGAUGAUUAAGAGUGAAUACACUAAGAGUCUAUGCAGAUGGUACGUUUUGGACGCAUCGACGAAGGAUUUUAAACGAAGAAAACAUAAAGUCGGAGACAGUGUGUUUUACAUAUUUGUGCUGACGCUGAACACGCGCAAUUAGCGCGGGUAAAAAAUGGUAUCGUCAGCGUGUAUAAAGCAAAUCAUCUGCAAAGGCCUUAAUACCCAUCUAGACUAUUGGCGAAUAAUUCGUCGAAAAAUUAUAGUCUUGAGUAACGAUUACAUCCUCGUAUUCGUGACGCUUGGUCUGUAUUCGGCAAGUAUCUAAAUCGGAAAUAAUAAUAAAUAAAAUGUGCCAAAACGGUGUUUAAAAUACUUAUAUGAUUGUUUAAGGUUUAUUAAUUAAGAAAAUAUUUAGCAAACAAGUGUAUUUUUCUAGUCUUAUAAAUAAAAUGUCUUAUGAAAUUGUCUUUAUACUUACUCAUAUUUUUGUGGAUGUAAAAGGGUGCUUUAAAGAAAAAUAAAAUGGCCAUUAUAUAUUUUUAA